AUGGCGGAGGCGGGAAAAAAGCAGGCGGGCCUUGGGCUUCCAGGUGGAGACGCGGCACAGUGGCCUCUGCAGCGGUAUGGCCGUUUCAUGCCCUUGGGCACAGGAGAGCCACCUGGGCCUGGGCUGGAAGCUGGGAUGGCCCCUUCACCUACGUGGAAGGUUUUUGACUCCAAUGAAGAAUCUGGGUAUCUUGUUCUCACCAUAGUUAUAUCAGGUCAUUUCUUCAUUUCCCAAGGACAAACACUUCUGGAAGGGUUUUCACUCAUUGGUAGCAAGAACUGGUUGAAGAUUGUAAGACGCAUGGAUUGUCUGUUGUUUGGAACAACGAUAAAGAACAAGAGUCGCAUGUUCCGGGUACAGUUUAGUGGAGAGUCCAAGCAGCAGGCGCUGGAGCACUGCAGCAGCUGUGUGCAGAGCCUGGCCCAGUAUGUAACUGUCCAGGCGCCCGAUGGGAACAGCUGGGAUCCUGGCCCAUUGAGGGCAGGUGGGAGCCGAGGGAAGGACUGUGUGCCGAGCAUCCCACUGCAGCACGGAUCGCACCAGAAGGUGGAGCAGCAACAGUGUGCACCGGCCAUCACAAGUGCUCCAGGAGGAAGGGCCUCAGUGGCCCGGUUAGCUCAGUCUCUCCUGGCAUCAGAGGAGCUGCCCCUUGUCUAUGAACAAUCUGCAUGGAAUGCGGAAGAGUUAGGCCCCUUUCUCCGCUUCUGCCUCAUGGAUCAGAAUUUCCCAGCAUUUGUGGAAGAAGUGGAAAAGGAACUAAGAAAACUGAUGGGGUUGAGAAAUUAACACACUCUGUACAUACAG